AUGGAAGACGAAAUCCGCCCCCAUCUUACAAUCACCGGGGUCAACCGACCGCUGGAUGUCCCCUGUCUGCAGCUGGAGAUCUAUAACGCCCCUCGCGUCCUCUGCACCAUCCGGCGACUUCCGACUCACAGGGACUCCGAUAGCAGACCGUGUCUGUUUAAGUGGAGCGCCGUUGGGGAUGGCUUCGUGCCUGGCGGAUUUAUUCUGCUCUGCCACGUCCGAUCUGCUAAUGAGAGGGUCACGCUGCAGAGGGUCGAGAUCCCACCGGAUCCUGUAUAUAACCCGGCCCUAGUACAAUCUAAUUCGGUUCAGAUUUUCCCAUGGACUUCGAGUCUCUGGGAGUUGAAGACCGGAGAUUCGGUGUCCUUUCGGACAAGCUUGCCUGACCAUUGGGAACGACAGCUCCGGCCAGGAAUGACCUAUGAACUGCUUUGGCCGGGGGCUAUGAUUAGCCUGUGGAAAUGGGGGACGAUAAAGCAGCAUCUCGAGGAGCAGCUGAGGCCUUGUUCAGAGUCCGGGAGAGACCUCAUCGUAUUACCAGGGGGAGCGCGGACUCUCCUCUCGGCCGAUAGUGUACCAUCUCUUCCGGAGACUAAGGUGUCUCCAGAGCCUGUUGGAAGCGGGGAUCGUGUACCCGAAGCCCCAGUUCUCAGCGUGGAACUGCAAUGUUUUCCCACGAUCUAUCGCCAGGGUCCAUUCCAGAUCACUGGAAAAGUCCACUACCACCGCUCUAUCUCAUCGGAGGCUAAGGCGAUCAUAUUUCACACCUGGAUCUUAAAAGACGACUUCCACCUCUAUCGGCGCAAAGGCACCGAUCUUGAAUUUAUCGACACCGAAUCGCCUAUCGACGGAUACGCUAUCUAA